AGAAAAGCGAGUAGUGUUGUCGCCGCCGCUGGCCCGCAGAGAAAGUUGAGCUCGCGUUUCAUCGAUUUUCGCCACUGAACACACACAACACAGGGGUGCAAAAUGUCUGACACCAUCUUCGGAGGCAUUGAAGGAGGCGCCACGCACUCGAAAAUUGCUCUUUACAACGGACUUGGCUCCAAACUGGUGGAAUGCGGAGGCCCCGGAACAAAUCACUAUCUGACCGGCAUGGUUGAAUGUCAGAAGCGGAUCUACAAAAUGGUGCAAGACGCGAAGCAAAAAGCUAAUUUGCCUGAAAACACCACCUUGGCGGCACUUGGGCUGAGCCUGAGCGGCUGCGAAGACCACGAGGGCAACGAGCGUCUCCGCGAGGGUCUGCACGAGGCCUAUCCUGACCUCAGCAGGGCGUACCACGUGUGCAGCGACACCGUCGGCGCCGUCGCGUCGGCCCUCGAGCACGGCGGCCUCGUCAUCAUCGCCGGCACCGGAUCCAACGCGCUCCUCCUCAACCCCGACGGCUCCGAAGGACGGUGCGGCGGAUGGGGCUACAUUUUGGGAGACGAAGGCAGCGGCUACUGGAUUUCCCACAAGGCGAUCAAGACGUGCUUCGACAAAGAGGACGGACUGACCGACACACCCUACAGCACCGACCUCGUCUGGCAGCUGAUUAAGGACCACUUUUCCAUCACCGACAGAUUCGGCCUGCUGCAGCACUGCUACACAAACUUUGAGAAAUCCUUCUUCGCCGGACUCUGCAAGAAGCUGUCCUUGGCGGCCAGUCAAGGUGAUGGCCUCUCGAAAUGGCUUUUCCAGCAGGCGGGCCGCGAUCUGGCUCGAUUCGUCGCUUCCGUCUGGCCCAAAGCACAAGCAAAACUGCUGGAGCAGCCAGGCGGUCUGCCUGUCGUGUGCGUAGGCUCGGUGUGGCUGAGUUGGGAGCACCUGCAGCCAGGCUUUGUCGCCGAGCUGGCGACCCACCCUGAAAUCCGCGAACUCACCCUGGUGCAGCUGAAGAGCAGCGCGGCCGUCGGCGCCACGUACCUGGCGGCGCGCCUCGUCCACAAGGACUUCCCCGCAGACUACGCCAGCAACUACGAGGUCUUCUUCACCUACCACAGAGAGAAACAGACCAACGGCGUGGCCAAGUUCAACGGAGACGUAAACUCAAAAGCAGCGAACGGAAUCACCAACGGCCACUCCAAAACCAACUGAAUCAAAUUAAGAGAAAAUAGGAAAAGGGCCGAAAUAAUUUUUAAUUUGAUAUUAUUUUAUUGAAUAUUAUGCCAAGAUGUCCUGCUGCAAUUAAGCAUUUAAAAAGCAUCACUAUACUCCAUUUUCAAAUAUCAAAAUUUUUAGCAUAAAAUAGAAUGGUUUAUGACAAAAAUAGAACUUGUUCAAAAGAUUGACCUGCAAUGUUUGUAGAGCAUCUAAGAUUACUGUUAAUUAUGUGAAAGUUGUCUAUUUUUAUACAGAGGAGAAAUGACAAAAUAUAAUCAGCUGAC